AUGGCGUCUCAAUCCACAAUCCAAUUCCCGUCCAUCAAAAAAACCGCCCUCAACGCUCUCUUGUCGCCUUUCAUAACGGGCCCAUUGCUGCUGUACAUCCAACGCAAUCCCCAUAUAUUGGACAAAGUUCCAUGGUUCCCGGACCUCACGCUCGCCCCUCCCUUCCGACUGCCCUUCAAUCUACGCAACAGCAUCACCUUGCACGCCGACCCGCCCCUGAGAGCGCUUAAGAAGUUGUUUUGGAUCGGGCUGGCGCUGCACGUCAACCGCUUGUUGAACCGACUUGCCCUCAACUACUGGCACUUAACCAGGCAAGGGGAGCCAUGGGACUUCGCCGCGGAGGGGAGAGAAGUUAUUGUCAUCACCGGAGGUUGUUCAGGGUUUGGCAGGGAGAUGGUCAAGCUGUUCGCGGCGAAGACGAGGGCGAGGAUUGUGGUUCUUGACAUUCAGGAUCUGCCGGCCGACAUGAAGGAUAUCCCGCGUUUAAGCUACCACAAGAUCGACCUGUCCGACUUCGACUCGAUCCGGACAACAGUGACCGAAUUCCUCAAGACAACCACACCCACCGUGCUGAUUAACAACGCCGGCAUAGCCCAGGCGCACACCAUUCUCAACACCUCGGACGCAUUCCUCGACAAGAUUUUUCGCAUCAACGUCCUCUCGCAUUUCAGCUUGUUGCGGCUCAUCCUGCCGAAGAUGCUCGCCGCCAAGAAGGGCCACAUCGUCACGCUUGCCAGCAUGGCCAGUUACACGGGACAACCCAACCUGGGCGACUACACGGCCACCAAAGCCGCGGUGCUUGGUCUGCAUGAAAGUCUAGUCCAGGAGCUUCAACAUCGGUACGAGAACGGGCACUGUAUUCAGGCAUCCAUCAUACACCCGAUGUGGGCGAGGACCCCACUUGUCGCAUCCUGGGAAUCCGAGCUGGACCGGACCAAGCGGACUGUCCUCUCGGCCGAGGACGUCGCGAGUAGGGUCGUAGCGCAGGUGCUCAGUGGGAGGAGUGGAAGUGUUUUUGUCCCCGAAAAUAUGGUUACUGGGACGGCGUUCCGUGUCGUGCCAGACUGGCUGGCGCUGUUGCUCAGAGCGAGUAUCCAAUCGGCGACCAAUAAUGAGGGGCGCGGUUCGCAGGGGACAGCUGGUGGUGCCUAG